AAAGCUCUUGUUACCGGAAAUAACUGUUCAUUUUUCUCUCCUCCCUCCUAGGUCAUACUUUUCAGAAAAAGAAUCUGCAUCCUGGAAACCAGAAGAAAAUAUGAGACAGGGAAUCAUCGUGUGAUGUGUGUGCUGCCUUUGGCUGAGCAGGUGGAGUCCUGCUCAGGCGUUGGGUACAGUGUGUUUCAUCGUGGUGGCUUGAGGGGAACCUGCUGUUCAGAGCUGUGACUGUGGCUGCACUCAGAGAAGCUGCCCUUGGCUGCUGGUAGCGCCGGGCCUUCUCUCCUCGUCGUCAUCCAGAGCAGCCAGUGUCCAGGAGGCAGAAGAUGCCCCACUCCAGCCUGCAUCCAUCCAUCCCCUGUCCCAGGGGUCACGGGGCCCAGAAGGCAGCCUUGGUUCUGCUGGGUGCCUGCCUGGUGACCCUUUGGGGGCUAGGAGAGCCAGCAGAGCACACUCUCCGGUGCCUGGUGCUCCACCUAGCCUCCCUGCAGCUGGGACUGCUGUUAAACGGGGUCUGCAGCCUGGCCGAGGAGCUGCGCCACAUCCACUCCAGGUAUCGGGGCAGCUACUGGAGGACUGUGCGUGCCUGCCUGGGCUGCCCCCUCCGCUGUGGGGCCCUGCUGCUACUGUCCAUCUAUUUCUACUACUCCCUCCCAAAUGCGGUCGGCCUGCCCUUCACUUGGAUGCUUGCCCUCCUGGGCCUCUCGCAGGCACUGAACAUCCUCCUGGGCCUCAAGGGACUGACCCCAGCUGAGAUCUCUGCAGUCUGUGAAAAAGGGAAUUUCAACGUGGCCCAUGGGCUGGCAUGGUCAUAUUACAUCGGAUAUCUGCGGCUGAUCCUGCCAGGGCUCCAGGCCCGGAUUCGAACUUACAAUCAGCAUUACAACAACCUGCUACGGGGUACAGUGAGCCAGCGGCUGUAUAUUCUCCUCCCGUUGGACUGUGGGGUGCCUGAUAACCUGAGUAUGGCUGACCCCAACAUUCGCUUCCUGGAUAAACUGCCCCAGCAGACCGCUGACCGUGCUGGCAUCAAGGAUCGGGUUUACAGCAACAGCAUCUAUGAGCUUCUGGAGAACGGGCAGCGGGCAGGCACCUGUGUCCUGGAGUACGCCACCCCCUUGCAGACUUUGUUUGCCAUGUCACAACACGGUCAAGCUGGCUUUAGCCGGGAGGAUAGGCUUGAGCAGGCCAAACUCUUCUGCCGGACACUUGAGGACAUCCUGGCAGAUGCCCCUGAGUCUCAGAACAACUGCCGCCUCAUUGCCUACCAGGAACCUGCAGAUGACAGCAGCUUCUCGCUGUCCCAGGAAGUUCUCCGGCACCUGCGGCAGGAGGAAAAGGAAGAGGUUACUGUGGGCAGCUUGAAGACCUCAGCGGUGCCCAGUACCUCCACGAUGUCCCAAGAGCCUGAGCUCCUCAUCAGUGGACUGGAAAAGCCCCUCCCUCUCCGCACGGAUUUCUCCUGAGACUCAGGGUCACGAGGCCAGAGCCUCCAGUGGUCUCCAAGCCUCUGGACUGGGGGCUUUCUUCAGUGGCUGAAUGUCCAGCAGAGCUAUUUCCUUCCACAGGGGGCCUUGCAGGGAAGGGUCCAGGACUUGACAUCUUAAGAUGAGUCCUGUCCCCCUGGGCCAAUCGUUUCCCCUCUCUGAGCCUCCGUGUCUUCAGCCUGUGAAAUGGGAUCAUAAUCACUGCCUUACCUCCCUCAUGGUUGUUGUGAGGACUGAGUGUGUGGAAGUUUUUCAUAAACUUUGGAUGCUAGGUA